GUGGCUGGCAGGUAAGACGCCCACAGAAAGUGGGGAAAGGUCCCGGCUAUCGGGGAGCUGAGUCUGUCGUCAGCCCCUCCCUUCCUCCACCCUGCCUCCCUUCCCAUAUCUCGACUUUCUUGGGGCUGGUCGGGAGCAAAAUGGCAAAAGGGCAUACGCCGUGAAGUCAGGUCCUGAAAUCACCGGGGGAUUUUUUUUGCGGGGGAGAAGGUGGAAAGAAAGGAGAACGGUGAGCAGGCUCUGGCUCCAGCACCAAUGGCUUCAGCCAUUGGCCAAGGCAGCCUCGGUGACACUUCCUCAAAGUGAAAGCGAAAGCCAAGUAGGCGGAGAGGACUGACGGGGCCAGGCGGUCGGCCAGGCAGGCGUGUUUGGAGCCCCUUCUCCAGCCCGUACCUGGCCGGCGCGGGGCACGAGGAGGGGCGGCGGGGGAGGAGGGCCUGAGAGCAGCCCCCAUGGGCCCCAAGGGGUGGUGCUUGCUGGCCUGCUUGGCUCUCUCCGGGGCAGCAGACGCCGGUGAGUCGGGGGCUGAAAGUCAGUGGCGGGCAGUGGACGUGAUUUUGGACUGCUUCCUGAUGGGGGAAGGUGGGCACCGUGGAGGUUUCGCCAGCCGUGAGAACAUGGUGAAGGCCUUGUUGGUGCUGAAGCAGGUGCCAGUGCAGGACGACGGCUCCCUGGAAAGCCUCACGGAUUUCCAAGGGGGCACACUGGCCGAGGACGACCCACUCAUUACCUUCGAGGCCUCAGUGAACCUGAUACAGAUUCCCCAGGCUGAGGCCUUGCUCCAUGCCGACUGCAGCGGGAAAGAGGUGACCUGUGAGAUCUCCCGCUAUUUUCUCCAGGCCAGGCCAAAGGCCACGGUGGAGACGGCAGCCUGGUUCAUCACCAACGUGCUAGUGUCUGGAGAGGGACCUAGUAUCUCCAUGGUGAUGAAGACUCUUGGGGACGCUCGGAAUGGGGCUGUCUUGCAUCCCAUGCUGAAACUGCCCCUGAGCCCCCAGGGGACUGUGCGGACUGAAGUGGAGUUCCAGGUGACAACACAGACCCCAUCCCUGAAUCUCCUGCUGGGGUCCUCGGCCUCCCUGCACUGUGGCUUCUCCGUGGCACCAGGCUUGGGCAUCAGCAGCGUGGAGUGGCGGCGGCAGCAUAAGGGCAGUGGCCAGCUGGUGUACUGCUGGACCACGGGGCAGGGGCAGGGGCAGGCCAAGCGGGAGGGUGCCACCCUGGAGCCUCAGCAGCUGCUCAUGGCUGGGGACGCCUCCCUCACCCUACCCAGCCUCACCCUGAAGGAUGAGGGCGCCUACGUCUGCCACGUCACAACCUCCCUGUACCGAGCUCAACAGAUCGUCCGGCUCGACAUCCAAGCUGCCCCCAAAGUACGACUGAGCUUGGCGAGCGAAGCUCUGCCACCCACCCUCGUCUGCAGUGUCACUGGCUAUUACCCUCUGGAUGUGACUGUGACGUGGAUCCGGGAGGAGCUGGGUGGAGCCCCGGCCCCAGUCUCCGGCGCCUCCUUCUCCAGCCUCCGGCAGAGCAUGGCAGGCACCUACAGCAUCUCCUCCUCCCUGACGGCAGAGCCUGGCUCUGUGGGUGCCACUUACACCUGCCGAGUCACCCACGUCUCCCUGGAGGAGCCCCUGGGGGCCGACACCUGGGUUGCCCCACCAGAGCAGAGGACGGCCUUUGGAGUCCUUUUUGCCAGCAGCCUCUUCCUCCUGGCACUGCUGUUCCUGGGACUGCAGAGAUACCAAGGUAAGAAGGAGCCCGGGCAUCCUCGGCUCUGGCCCUCACUGAACUCACUUGGAGAUCAGCUGCUCUAAGUGCCGCCACACCCAGACCAGGGAUGAAACCCAAGCAUCCGGAGCUCCAGCCCCCCCCCCCCAGCCCCCAGCUCCUGGGCUCACCCCAACUGACACCAACUUCCUUCCGUCCCGUUUUCUCCUAGCUAUACCUCAGCAAGGCCUGCCAGGGCCCCGAGGCACUCCAGGUAGCCACUCUCCUGCCUUAGAUACAAGCGAGGGUCACAUUCUCCCAGAAGGACUCUAAGCUGAGUCCCAGAGCUCAAAGAGGCCCCAAGAAAGAUACGAAGAAGGCACAGAUCACUGACUGUGGCUCUGGAUUUCUGCAGGCCUCUGCCUGCCUUCACUGCAUGCCCUGGGCUGAUGUACCAAGGGAGAAAGCGUGAAGAGGUGAGAGGCUGGCAGGAAGGCAGGAGGUCUAGGUGGAGGUUAAAACAUAAGCCAGGUUUGAGGCGCGGUGGUAGGAAAAUAUUAACAGAAAAAAAAUUAAGAAAGGAGCGGAUGAGGUCCAGUGGAACAGGAUGGGGGUUGGACAGCCACGCACAAUCGUUGAACUCUGCCCCAGUAAAAGCCCUCGUGUCCUCGGAAGCAGAGCUUUUCCACUUGCCUGUCUCUCCCCACACUGGGGCCCGCCCUGCCGCGCCUCGCCGCUCGGCCGGCAAAGUGUUUGAGGUGUGAAACGAAGACCAUCAGAGGCAGCCCUGCCCAC